CCACAGGUGAACGGGAAGGAGCUCUCCAAACUGUCUCAGGAGCAAACCCUGGAAGCACUGCGCUCUUCCAAGGAGCCCCUGGUAAUCCAGGUGCUAAGACGAAGCCCCCGCCUCCGGGGGGACAGCUCCUGUCACGACCUGCAGCUGGUGGACAGUGGCACUCAGACUGACAUCACCUUCGAGCAUAUCAUGGCGUUGGGCAAGUUGCGCCCUCCCACUCCACCCAUGGUCAUCCUGGAGCCGUACGUCCUUUCUGAGCUCCCCCCCAUCGGCCAUGAGUAUUAUGACCCAGCGGAGUUCAUGGAGGGCAGCCAGCAGGAGGCAGACCGAGUGGAUGAGCUGGAGUAUGAGGAGGUGGAGUUGUACAAAGCCAGCCACCGGGACAAGCUCGGUUUGAUGGUUUGCUACCGAACAGAUGAUGAAGAGGACCUGGGCAUCUACGUCGGAGAGGUAAAUCCCAACAGCAUCGCAGCCAAAGAUGGCCGGAUCCGAGAAGGGGACCGCAUCAUCCAGAUAAACGGCAUGGACGUCCAGAACCGAGAGGAGGCGGUAGCCAUCCUGACCCAGGAGGAGAACACCAACAUUUCACUGCUUGUGGCUCGGCCAGAGACUGAGCUGACCAAGCGAUGGAAAGACAGCGACCGCGAGGACUUCCUAGAUGACUUUGGCUCCGAGAACGAGGGAGAGCUGCCCCUCCAGAAGCUGAAAUCCCCCUCUGGCCAUCAGCUUGAAACUGAAGACAGAAAGGGAGCUGCUAGUACAGGCCCGGGUCUGAACAACAGCCAGGAGCUGGACAGUGGGGUGGGCCGGACCGACGAAAGCACCCGAAACGAAGAGAGCUCAGAACACGACCUGCUGGGAGACGAGGCCCCGAGCACCACCAACACCCCAGGGAGUCUGCGCAAGUUUGGCCUCCAGGGCGAUGCCCUGCAGAGCCGAGACUUCCACUUCAGCAUGGACUCCCUCCUGGCCGAGGGAGCCGGGUUAGGCGGUGGGGACGUCCCCGGCCUCACCGAUGAGGAGUAUGAGCGCUACCGGGAGCUGCUGGAAAUCAAAUGCCACUUGGAGAACGGCAACCAGCUGGGGCUCUUCUUCCCCAGGGCGGGAGGGGGCAACAGCUCCCUGGAUGUCAACCGCAACGAGAGCCUGGGGCACGAGAUGGCCAUGCUCGAGGAGGAGCUCCGGCACCUGGAGUUCAAGUGCCGGAACAUCCUGCGGGCCCAGAAGAUGCAGCAGCUGCGGGAGCGCUGCAUGAAGGCCUGGCUGCUGGAGGAGGAGAGCCUCUAUGACUUUGGGGCCAGCGAGCCCAAGAAGCACGAACUCUCCGACAUCACCGAGCUGCCCGAGAAGUCGGACAAAGAUAGCACCAGUGCCUACAACACGGGCGAGAGCUGCCGCAGCACCCCGCUGCUCAUGGAGCCCCUGCUCGAGAGCCCCCUGCGGCGGGCUGCCCCCGGGAACUCAAACCUCAACCAGAGUACGUGCGGCCCAGCCAAGGCCGGCGGCCCCCCGGACGGGAGCCCGGCCAAGUUCCGCUCCCUCUCCCGCGACGGCGGCGGCGGCGGCGGCGGCGACGUGUGCCAGAGGCAGCACGCUGAGGACAGGCUCCGCCGCAGCCCCAAGACUGGCGCGGGGGCGCUGGAGCAGGCAGGAGCGGAAGGCAGCCCCUACCUCUCUCGGCGCCAUCGGGUGCAGGGCCAAGCCAGCGAGCGCUACCACAGCUGUGUGCAGCUGAGCCCCGCCCGCGGCCUGGAGGAACUGGGCCACACCCCUCUGAGUCUAGCCACCAUGUGCAAGGACUCCCUGGCCAGCCCCAAGGUGGGAGGGGCCGAAGCGCCCCGGAUGGAAUGGAAGGUGAAGGUGCGCAGUGACGGCACCCGCUACGUGGCCAAACGGCCUGUCCGGGACCGGCUCCUGAAGGCGCGCGCCCUGAAGAUCCGCGAGGAGCGGAGCGGCAUGACCACGGACGACGACGCCGUGAGCGAGAUGAAGAUGGGCCGCUACUGGAGCAAGGAAGAGCGGAAGCAGCACCUGAUCCGGGCCCGGGAGCAGCGGAAACGGCGGGAAUUCAUGAUGCAGAGCCGGCUCGAGUGCCUGAGGGAGCAGCAGAACAGCGAAAGCAAGCACGAGCUCAAUAUCAUCGCGCUGAGCCACCGCAAAACCAUGAAGAAGAGGAACAAGAAGAUCCUCGACAACUGGAUCACCAUCCAGGAGAUGCUGGCCCACGGAACCCGCUCAGCGGACGGCAAGAGGGUCUACAACCCUCUCCUGUCUGUCACCACUGUGUGA